AUGCUCGCGCCGGGCCCCAUAAUGAACCUGAAGGGCGACAUACUGCUCGAACUAUUCGCUCUGAUCGCGACCACAGACGUCCCGCACGUUCUACCUUGGGUCGAUCCCGGACCUCUGAAGUACCACCUCGGAUGGGUCCGUUUGACGCAUGUCUGUCGCCUAUGGCGUGUGAUCCUCGUGAACGAGAUGCCUCAGCUUUGGGCGGACGCGGUGUGCAGGAUGCCACCGGCGCAAAACACCAUGCUCGGGCGGGCGCGUGGCCGCCCUCUCACCUUGAACCUCAACAUAUCUCUCGGCCAGUAUCUCAAUCUUCCUUCCGGUCACGUCCACCAUGAACGACUGUACAACUUCGCUCUUGCGAACAUCGCUCAAGCCGAAGCCUUUCACGCAUUGCACGCAACCCUCGAUCGGGACUGGCCCCUAGUUCUGGCGGAUAGGCGGGUACCAUUGCUGAAGUAUCUGGAGCUCAAACGACAACCGCGUGGAGACGACGAUAGUAGGCCGGUGCUCAAAUCAUUCGAUGCGCCGAAUCUCUUGUGGGUUCGACUUCAAGAUAUAGCAAUGACCUUCACGUCCACUUCUAUUCGCCACCUGUACAUAUUCGGACACCAGAUAUUCUGCAACCCGGAUUGGUCAAUACUGGACGUGCUUAGCCGUCUCCCUCUUCUUGAGUGGCUCGAACUGGAUCAGCAACCGUACGAGCGGCUCGAUUAUACACGAUAUGAAGGCCCUCCGAUCACUCUCGAGCGCCUGAAGCUUCGUCGCCUAUAUGGCAACGCCAAAUCCGACAUGGUCACAUUCGCGAAACAUCUGCCCAUCUCUGAGCAGAUGCGCUCUCAGAUGCGAGAGUUGUUCUAUGCUCACAUCGUCACGGAUCGCGAGAACUGGGAGGACGACUUCGUCGCGGCUUUCGGACCUUCCCUCGAUACCCCAUCCUUUGACGGUAUGCUGGUUUGUGAUGAAGGGGACAAGACGCUCGUCUGCACAUUUCCUGUGUGCGAAAAACCAGAACUCGCACCCGGCGGAUGCAGGCAACAUGCCGACCUUGCCAUCCUCAUUGACGAUGAGCCCUCGCGCGUCAGAAUCGGGUUGGCGGCGCUGAGGCACAUCGAUGCAUCGCAUAUCAAGCAAUUGGCUUACGGCUUGGAAGUUCCCGGCGAGUACAGAACCGAGACGGUAGAAACAUUACGCGCGUUUUCAGCCGUCACCGACUUUGCAGCCCUGACGGGAGAUGUGCUUUCGUUGCUGUCUGCUCGGGAGGACGGCUUCGUGUUGUUUCCAAACCUCGAGUCACUUCACGCAGGCAUGGAGGCACCCUCCACCAUGGAAGAGCUGCAUGCAUGGUGGGAUAUGCUCGCUAGAAUCAUCAGUGAGCGGUCUGCAGCGGCCAUCUUCAUACGCCGCAUUCGACUUGCCGAUGGUUGGAAACAAGUUGUAUGGAAUCAGGAGUUCGCAGUGGUUGAUGCCAUGAGGAAGGCAAGUGUGGAGCUUCUUGGUGUUGAGGUUCAUGACGAUCGCCACAACAUUGUACGGAGUUGA